UGUUCGUGUAGAAGGAAAGUACGGCAGAUGCUGACUGUGGCCGGCUUCUUCUCCGAUACCCCGCACAAUAGCAUUGUUAUCGAUUGCGUCGCUAAAAUAUCGGCUUCUAUUGGACGGUCGGGGAGUCUGAUCAGAAGGCCGGAACCAGCUCCAAAGACCCACCAGCCCCCUCAGAGCGCUGCUCAAACCCCGGCGGAGGUGCCGAACUUCCUUAGACCUCUGUCGGCCGAACGCGCAGUGACCCCGAGUUUCAAAUAGAGCUCGAUCUGACGUUUGGUGGCAUUCAUCCCUGAUCACUUUUGCAAGCUUCUCAAUAUGGGGAAAGUAUUCGAUGCCGCAGAGGUGGCUAAACACAACACCAGCAAGAGUUGCUGGGUGGUUCUCUACGGAAAAGUGUACGAUGUAACCGACUUUGUCUCCGAUCAUCCUGGUGGUGCGAAUGUGAUUCUCAAACUAGCAGGCAAGGAUGCAACCGAGGAAUACGACCCAGUUCAUCCUUCCGGCACGCUCGAGGAGAAUCUCAAGCCGGAGGCGUUGUUGGGGACCAUUGAUCCAGCAACAAUCAUUAAAUCAGAAGGGCUGCCUCAGGCCUCAGUGAAGAGCGAAGAGUACCCUCCUGUUCAGAGUCUCCUCAACAUGGACGAGAUUGAAGAACUUGCCACAAAGAAAGUGAGCAAGAAAGCAUGGGCGUACUACUAUUCGGCUGCCGACGACAAGAUCACCAAACGCUUGAAUACAGAAGCUUUCCGCUCAAUUCUCUUGCGACCCAGAGUCUUCAUUGACUGCACCGAAUGUAGCCUUGGGACGAAGUUGCUAGGCAAUCAGGUAUCGAUGCCUAUCUACGUCUCACCAGCUGCCCAAGCACGACUGGGGCAUCCAUCAGGCGAAGCUGGAAUUGCUGAAGCAUGCGGGAGUUUCGGAGCUCUGCAGAUUAUUUCGAACAGCGCUUCUAUGACUCCUGAGCAGAUCGUUGCAAAUGCUGCACCGGGGCAAGCUUUCGGCUGGCAACUAUAUGUGCAAGACGACCGAAAUAAAAGUGAAAAGAUGAUCGCUCGUGUGAACAGACUGAGUGCGGUCAAAUUCCUCGUUCUAACCAUUGAUACGCCGGUGAUGGGGAAGCGCGAAGAUGAUCAGCGAAGUGGUAAUGUCAUCAACGAAAUCACUGACGUUGAAGCCCCUGAGAAGCAAAUCUUCGCGGGCAUGGAUCCAUCUCUCACAUGGACUGAAACUCUUGCUUGGCUGGAGAAGCAAACGAGUCUGCCGAUCGUUCUCAAGGGCAUUCAAACCCACGAAGAUGCGUAUAUAGCUGGGUUGCAUCAAUCUCGAGUGAAGGGAAUCAUUCUCUCCAAUCACGGAGGAAGGUCCCUUGAUACAUCGCCCCCGGCGGUACACAUUCUCCUAGAGAUGCGCAAAUAUUGUCCCGAGGUCUUUGAUAAAGUUGAAGUCUGGAUUGACGGUGGUGUCAGAAGAGGCACCGACGUCGUCAAGGCCUUGUGCCUAGGCGCCAAAGGUGUCGGUAUCGGCCGGCCCCCGUUGUGGGGCUUAGCUGCUGGAGGAGUUGAAGGUGUGAAGAGAACAUUGCAGAUCUUGGCCGAUGAGACUAGGACCUGCAUGCGACUCCUUGGUGUGCAAAGACUUGACCAGCUCGGGAUGCAGCAUAUCAAUACACGGAUAUUAGAGCAGCAGGUGUACGAUGGCCCUUCUAACCUCGGAGGCUAUCGGGCACAAUAUUCGUCAAAACUCUAGCAUCGCAACACGCACGGUGGUUGCUCGAACUUUUGAAACAGAAGAUGGAGAAAAAGGUCUGGCCAGACACGCAUCAAACCCCUUUUGUUUCUAAUCAUCUCUCGGAAGGUCUUUUGAAUCGUCUUCCCGAGUAGCCCGGGCAGUUCUUCUCGAUUUAUCUUUCAAAGCAUGACCGAUGAGAUGGUGUUAACUUUUGGUCGGGAUUUCAAGCAUAUGAAACUCCGCUAUAUUCGAAAUUCGUGACAAGCAUGGGACCAAGUUAUUUCUUUUCUUGGAUGCGAUUCCGCGAUAAAGCGUCUGCGACUUUUAGCAUUCCACCCCCGCAUCAGCAUGUGGUCAUGAUUGUGGAGCCAUCAAGAUCACAACACUUUGCAUUUGAGACACUUUCGGAUCUUCUCCAAUAGAAGUAAGAAAAAAUAUCCUUCAAGUAGGCAUGUGAUUCCCAAAGCUGUAUGAAGCCCUUAGCCCAGGCUGUUCUCAACUGUGCCCUUCCAAGAAUCCGAAUACAUUUCCUGUAGACCUCGAAAGGUCAAAUGUGUCAUGUACUUUAAACAUAUUCGCAGGCAAGGAUCACACCAACUGGCAGGCUUGGUUCGGGAGCUAGUCGAGGCAGUGAGGGGUUUCCAUUACCUCCUAUACACCCACCGUCUAGGCCAGGUUAGCCAGUCCCGAUACGCAGGAUUUAUAUGCCUCUCAAUAUCCUCUAGCAGUUGGCGUGCCAUGUCAUUCAAAUACCAGCGGUGGUCGACCGUCCGCAAGAGAACGCAGUAGUGUGCUAAGAGGACGAGCGCCGCCGGAUGAUGCGCCUCCAGGUCCUUAUGAAACUGCACAGAAAGUCGGUAGGCCCAUAAGAAAACCAUACCCGCCUCCACAUGAAGUCCUGCAAGUUCUAGUUGCCGGGCAGAACUUUCGUAAGAUUUGAUGGCUGCUUCGUAGUCCUUCCGAUGCUCUGAAUGUUUCUCUAUGAUGUCGUUUUCGCUCAUUGUUUGCGGGAAUGGGUACUCUUCGAUGAACCGAUGGAGCCGGGAUAUUUGGGUCCAGACAUCUGCCGGUAAUAGAGAUUGUGCUGCAG